AUGGCCGAACAAGUUCGCCAGCCAAUUGAUCUCAAGUCGCUUGAGCGAUAUAUUGACCGAACCAUCCCGGAAAUCAAAACCCCGCUGCAGGUCAAACAGUUCGGUUUCGGACAGUCAAAUCCUACAUACCAGCUUAUCGCGGCAGACCGUCGCAAAUAUGUCAUGCGCAAGAAGCCGCCGGGCCAACUGCUGUCAAAGACAGCUCAUCAAGUAACGCGCGAAUUCAAGGUUCUGCGCGCCCUCGAACAGACCGAUGUCCCGGCUCCCAAGGUAUAUAUGCUGUGUGAAGAUGACAGCGUAAUUGGAACUGCAUUCUAUAUCAUGGAAUUCCUGGACGGUCGAGUUAUCACAGAGAUCCAUUUCCCAAAUGUCAGCACUGAGGAAAGGACCGAAAUGUGGCGCGAUGCUGUACGGACGCUGGCCAAACUACAUCGAGUGGACUUUAAAAAGGUUGGCCUCUCUGACUUCGGUCGGCACCAAGGUUUCUAUGACAGACAAAUGAAGACAUUCGGCAAUCUUUCUAAGGUCCAAGCAGCGGUUCAAGACGUCGACACGAACAAGCGUGUCGGGCAGAUACCGUACUUUGACGAACUGGCCAGCUUUCUAUCGGACAAGUCCCAGCAACCAGCAGACCGGGCAACCCUUAUACAUGGCGACUACAAGAUUGACAAUCUCAUCUACCACAAGACCGAACCUCGAGUCAUCGGAGUUUUGGACUGGGAAAUGGCGACCAUUGGACACCCACUUUCCGACGUCGUCAAUCUUGUAUCACCGUGGUCUUUUCUGGACCAGGUGAGCCAAGCAGCCCGCAUCGCAGCUGGUGAGCCAGACGCAUUUUCGCCGGGAGUGACACCCGGCCUGCCCACAUUAGACCAAGCACUGAAAUGGUAUAAAGAAGAAUCAGGUUACAAUGUCGCGGUGGAUUUGGCUUGGGGCAACGCGUUCUGGGGAUUCAGGAGUGCCAUCAUCGUACAAGGCAUUAGCGCGCGUUAUGCGCAACGCCAGGCGAGCGGCAAGACCGCAAAACAAUAUGUGUCCCAGGUCUAUCGGUAUUCUGACUAUGCGAUGGCGAUAGUAAAGGAGUUGAGGGAUUCUUCCAGGAGUCAUACGAGGCUAUAA